GCCCGGCGCCCGGACCUCGUCCUCCUGGAGACGGUCGAGACCCCCGAGAGGACCCGCGCAGCCCACGGCCACUGCCGGGGCUUGUCCUUGGCACGGCCCGUGGCACCUUGCCGCCGAAUCGAGGAGCCCCGCCGGCACCCCUCCGCCGCUCCGCGCGGAUGGUCUCGCCCACGCCUUCCUUCCUCUGCGCCGGCGGGCGGCGGCCGCUCGCUCCCUCUCCGGAAGUGCCGGCGCCGCCGCUUCCCGCCGCUCUCGGACUAGGACCUUUUCCCGCAGCAGCCAGAACCAACAGUCAACAUGUCCAGCAAAAGGGCAAAGACAAAGACCACCAAGAAGCGCCCUCAGCGUGCCACUUCCAAUGUAUUUGCAAUGUUUGAUCAGUCGCAGAUUCAGGAGUUCAAGGAGGCCUUCAACAUGAUCGACCAGAACAGGGACGGCUUCAUUGACAAGGAGGACUUGCACGAUAUGCUCGCCUCCCUUGGAAAGAAUCCAACGGAUGAAUACUUAGAUGCCAUGAUGAAUGAGGCUCCAGGCCCCAUAAACUUCACGAUGUUCCUUACAAUGUUUGGUGAGAAGUUAAAUGGCACCGAUCCGGAAGAUGUAAUCAGGAAUGCGUUUGCUUGCUUUGAUGAAGAAGCAACAGGGUUCAUCCAGGAAGACUACCUGCGGGAGCUGCUGACGACGAUGGGAGACAGGUUCACAGAUGAAGAGGUGGAUGAGCUGUACAGAGAGGCCCCCAUCGAUAAAAAGGGGAAUUUCAACUACAUUGAAUUCACACGCAUCCUGAAACAUGGAGCAAAAGACAAGGAUGACUGAGCAAAUCACCUGAUACCUGCAGAUUAUCUCUACUUUACACUUACAUUUAUUUUUGAGGGUUUCUUCCUGAUAGAACUUGUUGCAUGCAUUUAGCUUUACAGCUUUUGCCUUUGUCAAUGUAUUUAUCUAUUCCAGGCCGUUUAGGCAUAUUUGCACCUGUGUAAUCAGACUGGAACUGGGGAAAAUAUUGUGAGGAAAAGGGUAUGGGGACAAAGAUGCCUGGAUUUGAUGGUCCAGGAAAACAAUCUCAAUGUUUCUGGAUUAGCUGGAUUUUUACACUUUUGUAAUAAAUGCCAUUUUGGAAUAAAGAUUGCUAUAUAGAUAAAUACCCUAAUUUUUUUGUGAAAAAUGACACUUGUUAUGCUUUUACAAAUGCAGGGGUUAAUUUGCAACUGCAAGUAAAAUACAAUUAAGCUGGAAAACUCA